GUUUCAUCUCAUAAUCUCUUCUCAUCAACCAAAAGAAGAGCAAGACUGGGCAUAAGAGGAUUUCCCCGUCUCAAAUGUCAGACCUGCACUUCAAGAAACAAAAAUCAUUGCCAAAAGAAGUUGCAGUCUUUUCAAUCGAGUUUACCAAUAAUUAUAUCCUCGAAUAGUAGCCGGGCACGAUUAUUCUUUUUUUUUCGCACAAAAGGGGUUGACUAUUUGAGGUAUGGCAAUUAUUUGAGGGAGUUGAUUCAUUUAAAUAUUGUUAACUUGAAGCCCUGCCCUUAUAUAGCUUGCUUCAUUAUCUCA